AAGACGAACUAAACACCACUACACGUUUAUUUUCUGUUUUAUUCUGCUUAGUUGAAAUCAGCUGUUGUUUGUCAGAACAUUCCGGACUUAAAGCGGUUUAAAACAGAACAGAUUAAUCUGAAGGACGGAACCAAAAGAGACGCUGUCAGACUGACCCAUAAUCAUCAGCUGUGGGUGUUUCUCUGCAGCGAUGCUCCUGGUGGAUCCUGGUCUCUUCAUCGGCACUGCAGCUGACCUCAACGACAUCCAGGCCUUAAAGAACGCUGGCGUCUCUCACAUCCUGUCGGUGGACUCUGCAGAUCCUGGACCUCUGCUGCCUGCUGAUGGAGGAUUCUGCAGGAAGUGGAUCAACGUUUUGGACGAGGCGACGUCUGACCUGCUGAGUCACAUGGACGACUGUUUCCUGUUCCUUCAGGAGGCUGUGGAUGGAGGCCGGGCGGCUCUGGUUCACUGUCAGGCUGGUCGGAGUCGCAGUGCUGCCAUGGUAACGGCUUAUCUGAUGAAGAAACACCAGCUGGGCUUCACUGAGGCUUACAACAGACUGAAAAGUGUCAAACAGGACGUACAGGUCAACAGCGGCUUCGAGGAGCAGCUUGGUCUCUAUGAGGAGAUGCAGUGUAAAGUAGAUUCAUCCAGUCCUCUGUACAAACAGUACAGACUGACCAAGAUCACUGAGAAGUAUCCUGAGCUGCAGCAGGUUCCCAGGGAGGUGUUUGCCGUGGACCCGGCCCAGUCCAGCUCCUCUGGAGUGUCCUACAGAUGCAGGAAGUGCAGACGAACUCUGUUCCGUGACUCCAGUGUUCUCAGUCAUCCAGUAGGAGACGGAGCUUCAGCAUUCAGUCACAAGAAGUCCAGUAACCUCACUGGAGACGUCCAGUGUACGUCGUACUUCAUAGAGCCAGUGCAGUGGAUGGAACAAGCCUUACUGGGAGUGAUGGAUGGACAGCUGCUGUGUCCUAAGUGCAGCUCGAAGCUCGGCUCGUUCAGCUGGUGUGGAGAUCAGUGUUCCUGCGGCCGCUGGGUGACUCCUGCCUUCCAGCUGCAUCGAAACAGAGUCGACGAGAUCCGACAGCUGAACAUACAGAAAUAACAACCACACAUUUACAUAAAUAAAUAACUACAGGUCCUGCAGGCUGCAUAAAGGAUAGCACAGAGCUAACAAACACACAAUCAGAACAUAUAAGACAGAUUUUUUUAUUGUUAUGAACUCUGAUCAAGUGAAUUCAGAAAUGAUGACUUGAAAUCCAACCUUUUUUAAUGUGUAGGAACUGAUCAGACACAACAAUAAAACCACCUCAUUACAAUGCAGUGUUCUGCAGGGAAACCUUCUGGAAGUCAUGUGGAUGUUACACAACAAAACCUCCCACCACAAUAAAAGCUCCAAACUCACCUAAAAACUCCCCAGAACUCAAUCAGAUCGAACAUCUGUUGGAUGGACUCGACCGAACCUGAUCCUUAGGACCGCUAAUGUCUUAUUAUCAGAAACCACAGGUCAGAGAUGUUUAAUCUGCAUUUACAGCAGGGGUGUCCAACAUGAGGUCCGUGGGCCAAAAGCGGUCCUCCAGAGGGUCCAAUCCGGCCCUCAAAGUGUAAAAAUUCCAGAGAAGACAUUAACUGCAGAUUGUAAAUUAGUAAAACUAUAAAUUUAAAAUCAUUUCUAGAUCAUGACAAGUUGUUUUGAUCAGAAAGUAAAAUACUAGAUUGUUCUUUUGUAGUUUCGUGUCCCAUUUUUGUAAUAUUUUGUCUUGUUUUUGUUGUUUUCUUUCUCUGACUUUUGUCAUUUGUCUCAUGUUUUUGUCGUUUUGUGUUUGCUUUCUGUCUCACUUGUGUUAUUUGUCUAGUUUUUGUCAUUUUGUGUUUUUGCUUUAUUUGUCGCUUUGUGUGUCGUUUUGUCUCACUUCUGUUGUUUGUCUACUGUUUUCUCAUUUUGUUUCUCGCCUUUGUCAUUUGUGUCAUUUGUGUAAUUUUUUUGUCUCAUUUUUGUCGUUUGUCCAUUUUUUGUCACUUUUUUGUCGAUUUUUUGUCUCUUUGUUUUGUGUCGUUUCUCUUUUUGCUGUUUUGUGUCUUUGCUUUGGAAUAUUUUGUCUUGUUUUUGCUGUUUUUCUCUGACUUUUGUCAUUUGUCUCAUGUUUUUGUCAUUUUGUGUUUUGCUUUAUUUGUCAUUUUGUGUGUCGUUUUGUGUCGUUUUGUCUCGCUUUGGUUGUUAGUCUACUUUUUUGGCAUUUUAUUUCUCGCCUUUGUCAUUUGUGUCGUUUGUAUAAUUUUUUCUCUCGCUUUUGUUGUUUGUCCAUUUUUUUGUCACUUUGUAACUUUUUUGUGUAACUUUUUUCUUUUUUUGUUUUUUCGGGUCGUUUGUCUCAUUAUUUGCCAUCUUGUUUCUUGCUUUUGUCAUUUUGUGUCUUACUUUUGUAGCAUUUUGUCUUGUUUUUGUUGUUGUCUUUUUUAUUGUUCUUUUGUCGUUUUGAUCAUAAAGUAAAAAUACUACAUCAUUCAGUUCCAGGUUCUUGUUGAAAUUGAACUUAUUUUUCUUCAGAAAUUUCAGGUUGUUCAUAAUAUUUUGUAAAAAGAGAAUUCCUUAAACGUGAACAUUUUCAGAAUUAACAUUUUUGCACUAAAACAAAGAAAAAAAUGGAGUUGUGGUUAUUUCUAGGUCAUUCUGCUGUGAUUUUACUGGUCGCUGGAGAUUAAAUUGGGCUGAAUGUGGAACCUGAACUAAGAUGAGUUUGACAGCCCUGCUUUAGAGGAACCUACACAUCAUUAUUCAGGUGGUUGUAAUGUUGUGGCUGAUCUGUAAAUAAAAGAGCGUAUCUGUAAAUA